CGCAUCGAUUCGCCAACGGAUACCGGCGCCAUGCGAACCAGCAAUCGCUCUGUUGCCCAAGGUGUCAUCGACGCCGUUGAACAGGCAGCGAUUUUCAUCUAACCCUUCAUCUCCAACCCUCAUUUUUAACGGAACAGCAGUGAGAACCGAAACACGGCCCGAAAGCCAACAUCAGGAGAGAGCGAGCGCGUGAAGUGUUCAGAGUCAGAGCGCGUUCGUUCUCCAACCGCAAAAGCACAUCCAAAACUGCCGCGGGCGCUAGUCCACUUUGGUCGGCCGAGGGACUCGGACAACAAACACUCCCAGCCAUCGCCCUUGCCGUCAGCUUCACAUCGCCCAUCGACACCUCCCCCGCUCCCAAUCUGCUGCACAAACACGCCCGACGCGCCUACCCGUCGCCUGCGACUGUUCCUGCUAGUUUGAAGCGUCGCCGCCAUGUCGGUCAAGUUCGAGAAGGAGACGAUCAAGACGACGGGGGCAGCUGCGACCGCUGCCGCCGGCGUCGUGGGAGCGAAAGGAGGAAAGCACGAUCUUGUCCACAACGUCGGCGAAGCCCUGACCAAAGGCGGCGGCGCAAAUGGAUACCUCGCAGCUUAUCUCAAGCAACUGCAGGACAACCCGCUGCGCACCAAGAUGCUGACCUCGGGCACCCUCUCUGGUCUCCAGGAGUUCCUCGCGUCUUGGAUUGCACAUGACCGGAGCAAGCAGGGCCACUACUUCACCUCCCGUGUCCCCAAAAUGGCCAUCUAUGGUGCUUUUAUAAGCGCUCCUCUGGGCCACUUCCUCAUUAGCAUCCUCCAGAAGGUCUUCCGCGGAAGGACCAGCCUGAAGGCGAAGAUUCUCCAAAUUCUCGUUAGCAAUUUGAUUAUCGCCCCCAUCCAAAACUCUAUUUACCUGGUCUCUAUGGCCAUCAUCGCCGGCGCGCGCACCUUCCAUCAGGUACGCGCGACCGUAAAGGCCGGUUUCUGGCCUGUCAUGAAGGUCAGCUGGGUUGUCUCUCCAGUCUCGCUGGCAUUCGCCCAGAAGUUCCUGCCCGAGCACACCUGGGUACCUUUCUUUAACAUCAUUGGAUUCAUUAUCGGUACAUAUAUCAACUCGCAUACCAAGAAGAAGAGGCUGGCCGCAUUGAGGCGGAAGCACUACGGUGACGGAAGGUCUCAAUCGGGACGACCAGGUGACAGGCCAGGUGACGAUUAUGACCGACGUCCCGGGUAUUAGACGUCCACGAGUGGGUCGCCAGCAACGACUGUGUCAGGCUCAGAUACGACAUUUCGAAGGUCCACGAAGAUCCGCAGCUAGCGUCAAAGAUUGCCGCGGCAGAUGUUGUCAUCCCUUAUCGUCGACCCUGCGUCAACAUCAGGGGCCGGCACCACGUAUUUCCUUCGGCUGACGACAAACUAAUGGGACGGGAGCGAGCAGAUAGUUUCUUUGCUUUUCGACAUCCGGAAAGCUCGUCGCCGCUUCAGCAUCCAUUUCUGGGUGCGCCGUAAGUGACAUUGUAUAGUUCUCGCACUUCUGCUCAAGGUAAUUUGGAGGCAGGAUCUUGGUGUUCAUUUUGGAUUUGCAAAAUUACAUACCUUUCCUCCU